AUGUGGCGGCAUUUCUGUGGUAUCCUGAGAGCCAGGGGAUUUCAACCGCCCGGUAGUAUGACGCAAUCGUCCCCCGCGAUCGAGCUUCCGCGUCUAGUACCUUGUGACUACCCAGAGGAUCCCUCGCAGGAAAUUGAUGCUGCUAAGAGAUGCGGAAAGCCCUUUGCCGAUACGCGGCAGGCAGAUUGUAGCCUGAACCAGCGACGCGUGUGUUGGCAGCAUUCCUCCGCCGAUGGGUCUUUAAAGCGUUCUUUAGAUAGUGACGGGAGCGGUACGUUAGGGCAUCGCGGUGUCGAAGCAGAUAGCGCGGUAUGGGACGAUCGCACCAACACCGCCGAAGGAUACCCUCAUGAUCCGACCGCCCCAACGGCGCCCUAUAUAACCGCAGAAGCCCCUAGCGACUUGUCGAUGUAUUCAUCUGCCCCUAUAGUUGACUUAUUUACUCCCCUGAUUCCAGCCUCGGCGGGUAGCUUAUAA